AUGGUCAAACGCGGAGAAGAAUUGCACAACACAGAGAUAUUCUCACGCGGAUGGCCUGACCAGGCUCCCGACACAAUUUGUGGCUGGGGCUCCAGCGAACAGCAUACCCGGCUAGUUCGGACAAAACUCGCUGAAAUACUCAAGGCAUAUCAUGUGAAAACGGUUAACGAUGCUGGCUGUGGUGACCUUGCAUGGAUGAGCAUGAUAGAUCUCGAGGGUAUCGACUAUAUGGGCUACGAUAUAUAUGAGCGUGCCAACUGGGCCGAACUACGACAACGCGGCUAUCGACUGAACGUUCUUGAUAUCACAGCAAAUGAAUCACGCCCGGCUGAUCUAGUUAUUUGUCGCGAUGUUUUUAUUCAUUUGCCGAACGACAUGAUUCUUCCCACAUUGGAGCGAUUCCGCCACUCGGCUUCGUUUCUUCUCACCACAAGCUACACCAAUGACCCAAUUUUGAGUGAAAUGGAAUUCUCCAAUUUCAAGCGAAUGAGCGAGCCAAAUCUACGACAUAGAAAGCUCGACCUAACUCUACCUCCGUUCAAUCUCGGCCACCCGCUUGUUCGUAUCCCCGAGGACUCGCCUAACAAAUAUCUCGGACUCUGGGACAUGACUCGCCUACCAACUGGCCCAUGA